AUGUUCGCAGUGUGCGCCUGGGAAAUACUUUCCUGUGGUGUGAAGCCCUUUCAAGGGGUAAAAAAUAAUGAUGUGAUUCUUCAAAUCGAGAAUGGGAUUCGCCUUGAACGCCCUGAAAAAUGUCCACUGUCACUUUUCAAGAUCAUGAAGCAGUGCUGGAAAUAUCAGGCUCACCUGAGACCGACAGCGGCACAGAAUCACGAGCAGAUCGGCUACCUCCUCGAUUCCUUCAAUCAAGAGGACUCGGCAAAUGUAUAUAGCUAUGUUUUCACCGUUGACGUGAGUGUGAAUAACGAGUUAAAAACGAAGACCGAGAUUAUGCCAGACGACCCCUUUACUCCGCUUCAAAGAAAUCCUCUUCUUCCUCCUAAAUCGCUCCCAAAGGAAGUGCGCGAGCACACAGCUCGACAAAAGCUGGAAGAAAAAAUAAAACGUGACUCGACGAUAAUGACAAAGAUUAGUGACCAAAGCUCCGAAGCUUCUGAAAAUCAGAAGUGGGCGGAAGAGAAAAUGCGCCAGAGUCAAGACAGUCUCAAUCGCACUGGGAGCUUAGGAUCUCGAUCCAGUCAAAAAUCAGAGUCUUCGUUGUCUGCAGUAGCCGCCCGAAUAGCGCCUCCGAAGCCACCGCGAACAGCAAAAGUUAGCUCAUCCUCUGGUCCUCCAGCAGCGAGUAGCACUUCUUCGGAAACGCCUUGCCACAAUCCAUACGCGCAUGAGACACUGAAGGAUGAGUCUGCUUCUCCUUUACCGUCCAUCGAUUCGGAAAAAGUUGAGUCUGACUCUUCAAGACACAGUGAUACGUCUAGCACAAGAUCUUCCAAGAAAUCAUCAAUUCCUCCUGUUCCUGCGCCGAUUAAACCUGUCCUGGAAGAAAUGCCUAAACUCACAUUAAAAGAUGUAGUUUUGGACAAGACGCGAACGCUAAAUCGAGAGAAUGAUACAAUCUGGGCGGCCACAUUAGCGGUCGUGAAGGAACUUGUUAGUCUCCGGAACUCUGCCGAAACAGCACGCCCAGACUCGCUGAUCGCGCAAAUUAAGUCUAUCGGUCUCAAAUGCAAAACGCUUGAUGGUGAGGUGACCACUUUUUGUGAAAAGCUUGACGAAGCUGAGAGAAGAGAAGUCGAGCUUGAAAAGCGUUCGGUUUAUGCUGAAAUGAAGCAAGUCAUUUCGCAAAUCACAAACGUUCGCAAUUUCGAUGGCACGAAGACUGCUUCUGAAUACCGAAACGUCUUGAUGGCUUCAAUCCUUGUUAUGUCCAUCGCUGUAAAGAAUUUGCAGGAUGUAAUCGACAAAGCCCGUCAAGUUCUAACCACAUGA